CAUUUAGCGCAGAGACGGCCCCGAGGUGGCCGCAGCGCCUCCGCUCCCUCCUCCCCGCCGCGGCGCGGGGCGCCACUCGGACUCGCGCGGCCUCCGCUCCCGCUCCCCUGUGUGAGGCGGCGAGCGGCCCCCGGUGAGGAGAGGCGAGGCGGCGGGGGGCGGCAGCAGCGGCGGAGGCAGCGGCAGCAGCAGCAGGAGGAGGAGGAGGAGGAGGAGGGUUUCCGGCUUCCCGCGAGGCGGCGGCGGCCGCUUCUACUGCUGAGAGAACGCGGCCCGGCCUCGCGCGGGCGGUGGCUGCCUGGCGGGAGGGGGAGGCCGCUGCCGCCAUGGGCGCCCCUGCGAGGCGGGGCUGAGCCCCGCGGCCCCUUUCCCUGCCCUCGCGGCGGGUUGAAGGCUCCGGGCCCGCCCGCUGCGAGCGACUGAGCUCGGCGGCUACCGCCUCCGCGGCCUGCCCCCGCUUCGCCGCCCUUUCCCCUCUCCGCGGGCCUUCGCUCCGGGGGUUCCCGGGCCUGCCCCGGCCUUCUCUCGCCCGCCCUUCCCUCCUUUCCCCCCGCCCGGCCCCGCGCCCCGGCUCUCUCGCAGAGCUCCAUGUCGGCCCCGCUGCCCGUUGCCCCGCUGCAGGAUGGAUGCAGACGCUGAGCGGGGAGCCGCCCCGCUGGCCCAGCCUCCCCAGCAGCCGCCUCCCAGCUCCGCCGCCGGGAGCCCUUGGGACCCUCCCGUCUCGCAGCUGCGGCCGCGGCCGGGAGCGCUCCCCGCGCAGUGAGCGGCCUCUCCCCUCGCCUCCCCCCGCCCCGCCUCGCCCCAGCAGCGCUUCCCCGGGCAGCGAUGUCGGGGGGAGCAGCGGACGGCGGACCCCCGGCACCCCGUUUCCUGGCUCCCCCGCCGCCGCCCCCUAAGAACGGUUCCAGCUCGGACAGCUCCGUCGGGGAGAAGCUGGGAGCCGCCGAGCACGCUGCCUCUGGGACCGGCGGAGCGAGCGGCGGAGCGGGGAGCGGAGGCCGUAGCGAGGAGUACCGCCGCCGCCGCCACACCAUGGACAAGGACAGCCGAGGGGCGGCAGCCACCGAGCACCGCUUCUUCCGCCGGAGCGUGAUCUGCGACUCCAACGCCACGGCCUUGGAGCUGCCCAGCCUGCAGCCCGCCGCACCCUCGGCUCCCGUGUCGGGAGGCAGCGCCGCUCCCUUGGUCUCUCCUCCCGAGUGCGUCCGCACCACUUGCAUCGCCGUUGGAGCCUCGCAGGCCCCCUCGCUGCUGCGGCAGCCUCCGCCGCCAGUCCCGCUCCCACUGGAAGGGCGCUCUGGCCAGGAGCCCCCUGCCACCAAGGAUGCCGCCCCGCUACUGCCCAAAGAGGAGGAGGAUGAGGCCGCCGCUCUGCCCCCCACCAGCGCCGCUGGCAGCACGUCGGCUGCCAGCCGGGAGUUCGAGGAGCGGAGGGCGCAGCAGGAGGACAUAGAGGAGCUGGAGACCAAGGCGGUGGGCAUCUCCCCUGACGGCCGCUUCCUGAAGUUUGACAUCGAGAUUGGAAGAGGCUCUUUCAAAACUGUAUAUAAAGGACUGGAUACUGAUACCACUGUGGAAGUCGCCUGGUGCGAGCUGCAGGAUCGGAAACUAUCCAAGUCAGAGCGACAAAGAUUCAAAGAGGAAGCUGGGAUGCUGAAAGGGCUUCAGCAUCCCAAUAUUGUCAGGUUCUACGAUUCCUGGGAGUCCACAGUCAAAGGAAAAAAAUGUAUUGUCCUUGUGACAGAACUUAUGACAUCUGGAACAUUAAAAACGUACCUGAAAAGAUUUAAAGUGAUGAAAAUCAAAGUACUACGAAGCUGGUGUCGUCAGAUACUGAAAGGCUUACAAUUUCUACACACACGCACUCCUCCCAUUAUUCAUAGAGACUUAAAAUGUGACAACAUCUUCAUUACUGGCCCCACUGGUUCAGUCAAGAUUGGAGACCUUGGACUGGCAACCCUGAAGAGAGCUUCUUUUGCCAAAAGUGUGAUAGGUACCCCAGAGUUCAUGGCCCCCGAGAUGUAUGAGGAGAAAUAUGAUGAAUCCGUUGAUGUAUAUGCUUUUGGGAUGUGUAUGCUAGAGAUGGCAACGUCUGAGUAUCCUUAUUCUGAGUGCCAAAAUGCCGCGCAGAUCUACCGUCGAGUGACCAGUGGUGUCAAGCCCGCCAGCUUUGAUAAAGUAGCGAUCCCUGAAGUGAAGGAGAUUAUUGAGGGAUGCAUUCGGCAAAACAAAGGCGAAAGAUAUGCUAUUAAGGACCUUUUGAAUCAUGCUUUCUUCCAAGAAGAGACUGGAGUACGGGUAGAACUAGCAGAAGAAGAUGAUGGAGAAAAAAUUGCCAUUAAACUCUGGCUGCGAAUUGAAGACAUCAAAAAACUUAAGGGCAAAUAUAAAGAUAAUGAGGCAAUAGAGUUUUCCUUUGACUUGGAGAGAGAUGUCCCAGAGGAUGUGGCACAGGAAAUGGUGGAAUCUGGCUAUGUCUGUGAAGGGGAUCACAAGACAAUGGCGAAAGCUAUCAAGGACAGGGUAUCUUUGAUUAAGCGAAAGCGAGAGCAGCGUCAGUUGGUGCGAGAAGAACAGGAGAAGAAGCUUCAGGAAGAAGGUAGUCAGAAGCAGCAGCUGGAGCAACAGCAACCCUCAAGUGCUUCCCAUGCAGGGUCAAAGCAUCCCGUAUCUGUCAGUGGUACUGCUCCUGUCCCCACUACUUCAGCAUCUGUUUCUACUCAAGUGGAGCCUGAAGAACCAGAAGCUGAUCAACACCAACAACUGCAGUUCCAGCAACCCAGUAUAUCUAUUCUUUCUGAUGGAGCAGUUGAUAGUGGCCAAGGGUCAUCUGUUUAUACUGAAUCGUGUGUGAGCAGUCAGCAGACUGUGUCGUAUGGUUCCCAGCAUGACCAGCCAAUCUCAACUGCUGCAGUCCAGGGGUAUGCGGCUUCAGUUGGCCAAGUGCAGUCACAACAGCAUGGAGGAUAUCAGCCACCUACAGUGCCUCAGCAUCCGCGUGGGGGAACACCAACGUUCCCAGAUUCACAGAUAUUUUUCCCAACCGUUCAUGAACGGCCGGUGUCUUUCUCACCACCACCUGUCUGCCCGCCGAAGGUGGCAGUUGCUCAGCGCCGCAAGAGCACUUCAUUUUUGGAAGCCCAAACUUGCCACUUCCAACCAUUGCUGAAGACUGGCCAGAGUUUAGUUCCACCUGGUGGUAGUCCCACCAAUUGGACACCAGAGGCAUUGGUUAUGCUGGGCACAACAUCUCAUAGAGUCGCUGGAGAGCCUCUGCAUGUGCAAGUUAACCCUGUGUUUGAGCCAGCUCCUGUACACAGUGACUAUAGAUCUGGACCAACACCUCCAGAGGAUGCUCACUACAGAAUGCAUCCAGAAGCUGUAUAUUUGGUGGGCAUGCACUAUCCGUCACAGACACAAGUACAAGGCCAGUCAGCCUCAAGUAGUACAUCGGUACCGUCUCAGCCUGCCCAACACACUCAGCAGAAUGCCCAGCAGCCAGCUUCUUCUCAACAACCCGGACAAUACCAGCUGCAGCAGCCAUCAGUUUCUACUGGUGCCACUCCCACACAAACUGUCUCUCAAACUCAGACUUCACAGGUUAUGCCAAUGCCUCAGGCAGCAGCAGAGACACAGCUUCCUGUUUCCCAACCAGUGUCGAUCAUCCAAGGCGAACCUCAAUUACCUGUUGCAGCACCUUCUCUCCCUCAACCUUCAGUUGCCCCAUCAGUCCCUAUUGGUUCUCACUUUCUGCCCGUGGGACAACCCUUGCCAACUUCCAUUGUCCCCCAGUUCUCAGUCUCUCAGUUGCCCGUCGCAGCUCCUCAUGUGUCAGUGGCUCAGCCAGGUUUCCAGUCACUGCCAAUUUCAAUGGCAGGCGGCAUGAAUCAGCCAUUGCUCACGCUGGCAACAUCUGCUGCGGCAUCCGCUGUCCCUGUAGGAUCAACUGUUGUCCCUAGCCAGCUUCCCACGCUGAUGCAGCCUGUGGCUCAGUUGCCCAGCCAGGUUCUCCCGCAGCUCCUGCAGCCGGCUGUCCAGUCCAUGGGAUUGCCAGUCAGCAUUGGACAAGCUGCUGAUGCUUCACUUCCUGCUGGAGAUGCUCUUUACCAGGGCUUCCCAUCUCGGCUGCCACCUCAGUACCCAGGGGACUCAAGUGUUGCACCUUCCUCUGCUGUGGCUUCUGUUAGCAUUCCUUCUGCCAUACUGUCCCCUCCCCUACCCACAGAUGUAAUGACUCAGCCAGGCUAUAUUGCUCCUGUUGUGCAGCCGUAUGUGGAGCAGAACGUUUUAGUUCCUAUGGGCAGCGUAGGAGGACAGGUUCAAGUGCCCCAGCCUACAGUGAGUUUAGCACAACAGGCCUCAUCAGCCUCCUCGCAGCAGGCAGUUGUGGAGCAGAAUGUCAUGCCAAUGUGGGGACCUUGUUGCCACUGGCUGUUCUGUUGGGAAGGUACUCAAGGGGCCUCACAGACUGCUCCUUCAGAGUCUCUGCCAUCAACGCAGCCUGCUCAGUCUACCCCUUUGGCUUCCUCUAUGGAUAGUGCACAUUCUGAUGUUGCUUCAGGAAUGAGUGAUGGCAACGAGAAUGUUCCAGCUUCUAGUGGGAGGCAUGAAGGGAGGACUACCAAGCGUCAUAUGCGGAGGUCUGUCCGCAGUCGCUCUCGCCAUGAGAAGACUGCUAGGCCAAAACUGAGAAUUCUAAAUGUUUCAAAUAAAGGUGACCGGGUAGUGGAAUGCCAGCUAGAGACACACAAUCGGAAAAUGGUUACUUUCAAAUUUGAUUUGGAUGGUGACAACCCUGAGGAAAUAGCAUCAAUUAUGGUGCAGAAUGAGUUUAUUUUAGCAACUGAGAGAGACUCAUUCGUGGAACAGGUACGAGAGAUCAUUGAGAAAGCAGAUGAAAUGCUGAGUGAGGAUGUAAGUGUGGAGCCAGAAGGUGAUCAGGGUUUGGAGAGUAUGCAGACAAAAGACGAUGGCUUCGUUCCAGGGUCACAGAAAUUAGAGUUCAAACAGCCAGAUCCUACAUCUUCCAUGCCACAAAGAAUAGGGGUUCCUCCUAGCUCCUUUACCCAGGUUGUCCAUUCUGCGGGAAGACGGUUCAUUGUCAGCCCUGUCCCUGAAAGUCGGUUAAAAGAACAGGGCUUUUUCACCUCUCCUGUUCCCGGGGGAAAAGAAACUUCAGAUGUUGUUGCUGCAUCUCCACUACAUGGUCCUGGAAUGAAUCUCUCCCACUCUGCAUCAUCGCUGAGCUUACAACAAGCUUUCUCUGAGAUUGGGCAUGGUCAAAUGACAGAAGGACCGAGUACAGCUCCUCCAGUGUUUAAUCAAACAAUACCACCAUUUCCACCUGUGCUUUCUACCAUGGCAGGCAGUGGUGCACCUCCUGCAUCUGUAGCUGCUCCUUCAAUAUCUGUUCCUUCUAGCACAGGUGUUUCUCUUCCAAGUUCUGUUACUUUGCCUUCAGAAAAUGCAGCUGUUGGAGUUGCACUAAGUGCAAGUGUGCCAAGUUCUGUUUCUCCACCUCCGGCCUCACAAUCUGGACAGCAGCUGUCUGGUGGUGUGGCUUCCAGUGUGAGCGCCCCUGCUUCUUUCUCCUUAACUAUCACAUCCCAGCCUGCUCAGCCAGUAACUGGAGACAUUACCCCUAGCAUCAGCACACCAGCUUCUUUGGCACUAUCUGCUACCCAGGUUCCUGGUGUCACUGGUCUUGGUGUCGUUGCACCAGCUGUGACAUCUCAAUCUACUCCUCAAAUUGUAAGUAGUUUGGCAGCACCGCAGACAUCUGUUGCCCUGUCUCAGGCUCAGAAUGUGUCUUUGCAGCUUCCUCAGCUUACCAGUAGUGGCUCUGUCUCCAGUCUGGCAGAAACAACAGUUGUAAGUGCUCCACAAUCACUACCUGAGAGUGGGCAGUCCGCAGAUAAAUCACAGCCCUCCAGUGCAGCUGGCUUAUCGCUACCAAUCUCUGCACCUUUAUCAUCCUCUGUAGCAACAAGUUUGUGUGGUUCGGUCACUCAGCCAGUGAUACAUCCCUUACUCAUCCCAUCAGCAGUUACAUCAACACCUGUCCUAUCCCAGAUUCCAGGUGCAACACCUGUGUUGCCCCAGGUUCCCCUACCUGGUGUCUUACCACAGCCAGUUACUAAUUUGCCUGCAGUACAGCAAACAUUGAUACACAGCCAGCCCCAGCCAGCUCCAUUACCCAACCAACCUCAUAUUCACUGUCUGGAGGCUGACGCUGAUGCUCAGUCCAAAGCACCUGGUAUUGAUGAUAUAAAGACCCUGGAAGAAAAGCUACGGUCUCUCUUCAGUGAACAUGGUAACGUGGGAGCAGCGCAUCCAUCAGUAUCUCUGGAGACGUCACUGAUCAUGGAAACUACUGUUAUUCCUGGGAUCCCAACCACUGUUCUUGCACCAACUAAACCCCUGACAUCCGUUAGCACUUGUAUACCUCCGAGCAGUUUGCCUCUUGGACCAGCUGGCUUGCCAGUGCUGACACCAGUCGCCACGCCUGGGCAAGUGAUCACCCCAGUAAGCUAUAUUUCAGCACCAAGCAGCGUUGCAACAGCAGUAGUGAAACCAGGGACCUCUCCCUCGAAGCCUCCGCUUAGCAGGGUACCGGUGCUACCAGUAGGUUCUGAACUUCCAGCUGGCACUCCGUCCAGUGAGCCGCUGCCACCUUUUCCAGGACCUUCACUAACUCAGUCCCAGCAGCCACUGGAAGAUCUGGAUGCUAAGCUGAGGAGAACCCUUAGUCCAGAGACCGUUCCAGUGACAUCAGCUCCUGCCUGUUCUGUGCCCUCAGUAGCAUCUACAGCAGUUACUGGUCUGGUGUCCACAGCAGCACAGCCUCUAAAAGAUGCUUCAGCAUCUUAUGGUGGAGAAAGCAGUGGUAUGGCUUCCACAACAACAGGAGCUGGCAUUCUUAAGAUGGGACGGUUUCAGGUAUCUGUGGCAGUGGAUGAUGUGCUGAAAGAGAGUGACAAACCUGAGACUAAGCCGCUGCAAUUUGAAACCACCUCCUCUGAUUCCUCCCCUCUUUCUGGAAGCAGUCCAGAGAGCACCCUGGUAAAGCAGGCUGGAGGGCGGAAAAGCGAGGCUGUGGCACAUGGCAUUCCUCAGCCAGUUCCUGUGCUGCAGUUGCCAGUAGACGAUGGUCAGCCUACUAAGGUUGGACGCUUCCAGGUAACAACAACAACAGAUCAAGUGGGGCGCUUCUCAGUGUCAAAGACUCAGGAUGAGGUCACCUGUGCAGAGAGAGAGCCAAUGACUCUCCCUCUCUCUGUGGACUUGGAACAAGUUGCUUCUUCAGCUGCAGCCCCUAGGAAAGAGUUGGAGUCGAGGCAGUCCCCACAUAUGAAUGGUCCGUCCUCUGAACCAGAGGCUGCUUUCUUGAGUGGAAUGGCUAAGGAUCUGGAUGAUGGCUCAGCGAGUCCAGACUCCCUCCAGGCCACAGCGUCAAAGAUCAGCCUCCCUGUUCAGAGUCUUAGCAACUCGUUCAAUUCUUCCUACAUGAGCAGUGACAACGAGUCAGAUAUUGAAGAUGAAGACUUGAAAUUGGAACUCCGUCGAUUACGGGAGAAGCACCUUAAAGAGAUCCAGGAGCUGCAGAGUCGCCAGAAGCAGGAGAUUGAAUCACUAUACACAAAACUAGGAAAAGUCCCACCUGCAGUCAUUAUACCCCCUGCUGCACCCCUUUCAGGAAGGAGGAGACGACCCACUAAAGGAAAAAGCAGCAAAUCCAGUCGUAGCAGCUCCCAGGGAAAUAAGAGUCCACAGCUGUCAGGCAAUUUGUCAGCUCAGAGUGCACCAUCAGUCUUGCCCCCGCAACAGACUCUUCAUCCUCCUGGUAGUGUGCCAGAGACUGGACAGAAUCAUUUGUUACAGCCCCUCAAACCUUCACCUUCCAGCGAAAACCUCUACUCUGCCUUUACCAGUGAUGGUGCCCUUUCAGUACCAAGCCUUUCUGCGCCAGGCCAAGGCUGUGCGAAGUUUAACUGUGCAUCUGAGAGAGUGACGUUCAAGCCUGGUGGCAGGAGGACCCGAUUUCUGAGUACGCCCUGCUUGGCUCUUUGGAAGAUGGUGAAAAAAGUCUGUCCUUGCAACCAGCUCUGUAGUAAUUAUCUUAUUUCUGUUAUCUCCAACUCCUGACUGUAAAGCUGUUCAUUGGCUUUUUCUGGUCACCGAAGCCUUGCCUCCCUGACUCUGUCCCUAGCACAGCAUCUGUCUGUCUCUGUUAUGCCCUCUAAUGUGUACUCUGUUGUUAGCAUAGCUGUACAGCGUGGCUAUUACCUUUGCAGAAGAGUGGAGGCAGAGCCUCACCUUCCCUGAGCAACUCCUUGCUCCCUGCUAAUAACAGUGAAUUGAGCAUCGAGGACAGCUGCUCACUGCGAUGUGCUAAUGCUGUACCCUUGAGCAGCUGCUUUCUGUACGUAUCUGAUGGGUUCUGCCAUCUCAGUGACAGCUCCAAUGGCAGAGUGUCCUUCAGCGUUGCAAGAGUAAGCCAUCUGACCUCUAUCCGUGUCCUGAAGUAAGAGAUGUCUAGAAAAGCCAGCAUGUGGUCACGUCACUGAAAACGGCUUAAAGGUGCCUUUUGACAGUGCCUUUGUCACUCAUGGUGAGAUUUAACAAUAAUAAAAAAGAAGGCUGGGUGUAAAAUGAAGGCAUUGUAGGUGGCAGGCUGAAGAAGCAGAAGCCUGUUUCACUUCAGGUCCCUUAUGUCAGAGUAGGACUGAGGACGGCUGCUGUGACCAAGCAGGAAUGCGGGGGUUUGUUUCCAUUAAAUGCCACGAAUUGAAACGCUUCCUUCUCACACUCUUCUGAAUGGCAGCUUCAGUAGGCAGAAACUACAUCAGGGUUAAAAUGUGAAGUUCCUAAGAAGUCAGUUUUUACACUGAUACUGUGGGAGCUCCCAGUAAUUUUACAGCUCACUUCUUAUAGCGUAGGUUGGUCUGCCUCAAGUUGUCUGUGACUUGAGAUUGGAGCUCCGUACUAAAAUCACUUUUCAGAUAAAGCUCUUUGCCCCCCACCUUUCCUAUCUGCCUUAAACCCUGGAUUAAACACUCAGCCAGUCCUCUUCAAAACACUUCAGCUUUUCUAAGUGAUUUUUCACAUCUCUGGAUGAUUGUUCUGUAGUAUUUUGUAAUUAACUCCCUCCAUUGCGCGGCCUGAAGAGGCUCUUCAAGCAUAGAGCCACGGUCCCAGGUUGCCAGCUGUGCACUUAUUGAUUAACAUAGAAAUAUGAGACACGAGAACCAGAUAUUGGCCAUCAUGAAGAGUAUGAGAGUGAGUGUAUCAAUCCCUGCAUGAGCCCUCAUGGUGGAAUGUGGUUGUUACUGGUUCCACACCUCAUCUUGAGUACCUCUUUGUUAUUUUUGCCUGUUUUGUGUUUAAUUUCACCUUCUUUUUCUCGGUCACUGUUAUUAUUAAAUAAGAUGUGGUGCAUGCUUAAAGUUUUCAUUAUUUUAUCGUAGAUUUUUCCUUUCCACCUUAUGGUAUGUUUCUGUUAGCAUUCAUCUGAGCUGCAGCUGCACUCCCUGGUCAGGGAACCCUAUUCUCUCCUUCCUUGUGCACUGUUGCAUGCCUCUGCCUGCCUGUAACAGCUGCUGUCCCUCUGGUGAGCACCCUCACUGGGAGCCAUCUCCAUGCUUGAGCUGGAUCUGGUGGGAGGGAGUUGUGUCCUUCCCUCCUCAGCACUACUAGAGGCGGUAACACUUUGCUUAUUUGUCCUGCGUAGUAAGUAUGUCACCUUCCUAAUUCACUCCUUAUUAUAAAGCAUUCCUGCAGGGGUUUGGAGCCAGUUCUUUCUUUGAUGCCAUGGUUGCAGGGAGCGGGGCAGCUAGCCAGGGAGGGCAGCACGGAGGAAUUAGAAUUGCAGAAUCAUUAAGGUUGGAGAAGACAUCUGAAAUCAUUGAGUCCAGUCAGCAGCCCACGCCUGCCGUGCCCACUGCCCACGUCCCUCAGUGCCGCGUCCACACAGUUACUGAGCACCUCCAGGGUGGUGACUCCACCACCUCCCUGGGCAGCCUGUGCCACUGCAGCACCACUACUGAGAAAUCAGCUGUCAGACAGGGGACAACGACUGUCAUUCGGCCUUGGCAAUGGAGAUGACUGUCUUUGCUAGGAUUUUUGAUCCUCAACUUUUUAAAUCAGUUUUCUCCAGAAAUUCUGCCAUAUGCUCAGGUUAUCCUGGGCUUCCCAAUUGCAGCCUUCAGAACAAGCAGGUAGAAAUAUAUGAGGCUAUUUGAAAACCAGUUAGGUGAAGAUGCUUGCAGUGAAUGCAGGGUUUAGCUCUACACUGACAGGAACUAAUUAUGUUUAGUUGGUUUUGAGCCAAGUGGAUUUGAGAAAUGUAGAUUCAUUCUGCCUUCCCCAUGGUCCUACUGGUCCCACAUCUGGAAAUGAAGAUACUUCUGGAAUGUAUUCAUUCCACAUCUGAAAUGAAGGUACUGCUGGGAAUUCAGAAUUCUUACCUGAUAAUAAACAACUUUUGCUACUGCUAUGUUAUCUGUCUUGUGAAAAGCUUCAUUUUGAGUGAAGCUGUGUGCUUAUUAGGGCGAGACAGUGAGUAAGGCUACUAAACACAGAACUUCUGGAUGUUUUCUGCAGCGUGCUGUUCAGCCAGCUUUCUAGAAGCACCAAAUUCCCAGUAUUCAUGUGUGGGGCUUUUGUUCUUGUGGUCAACCCAGUGAACAGAAAUUUGUGUCAAAGCACAUCCAAGGAACUGGUCUCAUUUCUGCCUUCUUUAAGCUGUGUUAGUCAUUUACAUUGAAAUGCUUGUUCUUCAGACUAGGAAAUCUGAACAUAAUGGCAAAAAAGUGCUUUCAGAGGCAAAAAGCAAAAUUUAACACAGUGCAGACUUCCCCUGCUGAUCCCUGCUCUUUAGUGGAUGAAGACAGUCCUGUCUGGUUAUGCUCAAGUAUGGCAGCUAUUGGAAACAACAGUUGUUGUAUCUCACUGUGGCUUUUUGUGUAAUCUGAGUGAAUUUUUCCUCUUCAUUUUAUGAAGUGGAGAUAAUUUUCUACAGAGCAGCUGGCUGUGCUGUUUGUAGUACUCCAUAUUCAGCAUCCAGCAUUGUCCUCUAAGGUGGAAUUGACUUGUGCUGGUAGUGGUUGCUGCUGAUUAAAUGGUAUAGGAUGAAAGAACGACACGACUACUGUCAUCUGGUGCUGAAAUCUAAUCUCCUUUUUCUUCUGCAAAGACCUAUAGGCUGCUGCUGUUCCCCUGUAAAGAUGACUACUUGCAGGACUUCUUGAAGGAAACAUCUGUGAAAUAUUAAUAAUCUGAGGAAAUGCCUGUAGGAGUCCUCAUAGUUCCUACUUCAGCUUGUCUUGAAAUUGAAACCUAGACUUAAGCUGCAUGGCAUUUUAAUUGGCUCUCUAUCGUUGUACCAUUGCCACGAUUAUUAAAUUCACUGGAGGAAGCUGAUCUUGACCCCAAAUUUUGACUCCCAUUUCUUGUGU